GCUCUCUCUCUCUCUCUCUCUGGUUUUCUGAAGCAGAAGAGAAAUGAUGAGCUUCUACAGGGUCCAAAUAUUAGUUUUAGUCUCAGUAACAUAUCUGUUUCAACUCAGUCAUGGUUGGGGAAUAGAUGGACAUCUCACUAUCUGCAGGAUAGCUCAGUCUAGAUUAAGCAAUGCUGCAGCAGAUGCUGUGAAGCAACUGCUACCAGACUAUGCUGAGAAUGAUCUUUCAAGUCUCUGCUCAUGGGCAGACCGCGUCAAAUUCAGAUACCAUUGGUCUUCUUCCCUUCACUUCAUUGACACCCCAGAUAAGCUCUGCAACUACCAGUACAGCAGGGACUGCAAGGAUGAAAAUGGGGAGAAAGAUAGGUGUCUUGCCGGAGCUAUUAACAAUUACACCAAUCAGCUUCUCGACUAUAGCAGUGCAUCUACCAAAACUGAAUAUAAUCUCACAGAAGCACUUCUCUUCCUUUCUCAUUUUAUCGGAGACAUCCAUCAGCCACUACAUGUAGGUUUCACUUCAGAUAAGGGAGGGAAUACCAUUGAUGUCCAUUGGUACAGGAGGAAGACUGUUCUCCACCAUGUGUGGGAUGACAGCAUAGUUGAGACUUCAGAAGAAAGAUUUUACGAUUCAAAUGUGGAAGAUCUGAUAAACGCCAUUCAAAAAAAUAUUACGGGUGUAUUGGCAGAUCAAGUAAAAGAAUGGGAGAAAUGCAACUCUAAUGAAACCGCAUGUCCAAACAUAUAUGCAUCUGAAGCAAUUAAAGCAGCCUGUGACUGGGCAUACAAGGGAGUAAUUGAGGAUUCGGUACUAGAAGAUGAUUAUUUCCUAUCUCGUCUGCCAAUAGUAAAUCUACUUUUGGCUCGAGGAGCAGUUCGACUAGCUGCCACUCUCAAUCGCAUAUUCGGAUGAAGCUAAGCUGAUUAUGCUAAAAUAAAUAGAUCAGAGGACAUUUAUGUUCUGCAACUUUAUUUUUAAAAUAAGGUGUCAUAUUCUACUAAACUAUAUCAAUAGUUAAUUCAAAAUUCUGGU